GCAUCCUCCAGAUGGCGGCUGACAUCCGGGAGGCCGAGCGCCGGCAGCGAGAGACGGUGCAAGCCGCGCUCCAGCUUCAACCAGAGCCAGAACUUUGUGCAGGACCUUCUGUCUGCAGACCCUCCACAGGAUCUGAAUGGGACAGCUCUUGUGCUGCAGAACAGCCUGGCCCGAGUGGAAUGCAGACAGGACCUGAUUUAUCCUGGAUGGAGUCAGGCAUGGUUCUGACCUUCAUUGGCCACCAGGAGACAGAAGGGAAAGGAAAUGUCCACACAGGAGCAAAACCUCCGUGGCUAACAGAGGAAGAAGAUGGAAGCAAACAACAAAUUGGACCUUCCUAUGAGGAAUUUCUCAAACACAAGGAGAAGCAGAAGCUGAAAAAGCUCCCAGUGGAGCGUGUUGGUGCCAACUUUGACCAUACCUCUCAGACAAGUGAGAGCUGGCUCCCUUCCUUUGGGCGUGUAUGGAAUCAUGGCAGAAGGUGGCAGUCCCGGCAUCAAUUUAGAACUGAAUCAGGGGAAAAGAAGAAAAAAAGGUGAUCAGAUGAAGAAGACGAGACACCCAGCUCUGCUGUGGAAAGGCUGACUGUAGGUAGCUGCAGUUUUGUUGCAGACUGUCCUCUAGAGUCACACAGUGUCCAUCUGAGCAUCACAUCUAAAGCCACACCAAGUCAGGCCCUGCCAGCAAGGACAGACUCCUGUGGAUGUCGUAUCUUCCCUAUCAGAAAGCCUACUUUGUAUAGCAAGUGAUGCCAGUAGCCUAUGCUGACAUGAAACAUCCUGCUAAAGAAAGAAUUUUUGGAGAAAUAAACUUUAUUUUUUUAAAUGCC